CCAGCCUGGCCCAUCCGUUGCCUCCACAUCAAGUCCCCCCAUGGGCUCCGUUGUAACCCUCCGCACCCCUCUCUGCAGAGAUAUAGCAGCCAAUCGGCGGGAGCUGGCCCACCUGCGCAUCACCCACGUCCUCAACGCCUCGCACAGCAAGUGGCGAGGAGGCGCCGAGUUUUAUGAGGGCACCGGCAUCCGCUACCUAGGCAUCGAGGCCCACGACUCGCCCAGCUUCGACAUGAGCCCCUACUUCCACCCCGCCGCCGACUUCAUCCACCAGGCGCUGAGAGAGAGAGGAGGGAAGAUCCUCGUCCACUGCGCCGUCGGGGUGAGCCGCUCGGCCACCUUGGUCCUCGCCUACCUCAUGAUCCGCCAACGCAUGACCCUGGUGGAAGCCAUCAAGACCGUCAAGGACCACCGAGGCAUCAUCCCCAACCGGGGCUUCCUGCACCAGCUGGUCUCCCUGGACAACUCCCUCCGGCUGAAGCGGCGAGUGUGAGCGGGCAGGGGAGGGGGCGCUGUUCGGUGCCCGGUGCUCAGCCUAACGCUGCUGCUGACCGAGGAGCAGACACGCGGCAAGCACAGGGCGACUCCCACGACCCCGAGCCACCUGCCCGGUGGAGUCCACAAGGAGUGGGAGCUAUACAAAGGGGUCCCCGCCCUGCAGCCCUGCGGUCUAGAGAGGCCUAAUAUUCUUCCUCCUUCCAGCCUGCGAGAUGUAGCGUGUACCCCACAGGGACUAUAAUCCUGUCUCAGGCUUCUUCUGCCCCACCCCAACCCUGCUGGCUCCGGGAAGCCCUCGCGGGUUGGUUCUGCCAACGGGCACACCCAGGCACCACGCCAGCCCUUCCUGCCAUUCCUGCGAGAUUCUAGCUGCGUGCAUUUCUUUGUGGCCAUGUGAACCAGGCAUGGGCCCCAGGGAACAGGGCCUUCUGGUGGCAUUGACUUUGGGUGCACUCGGUGUAAAACUUUUCCCUGUAAGAAUAAAGCUACCCCAGAGGAAAAACAUCUGUGGUUUGGAGCGUGUUUGCCCAGACCCCCAGGGGUGGGGAACAGGCCGAAUGCGGCCCCCGGCAUGCCUGGGUCCGGCCCCUGAGCCUCAGAGCUCCCCCCACCAGCAAUGGGGAGCCCGUGGGACUGGGACAUACAAAAUCUACUCACUUGGGCCCCAGACUCUGGUGUGCGAGGUCUUUCUCCUUCUCAGUCGGGGCCACCUCUAUGACAAUUUGUUUCUCUUUUUUGCUUCUCGCUUGUGGGCGGCCCCCGACUAAUUUUUCUGUGGGUCAGCAGCCUCCGGCCCAAAAAAGUUUCCCUGGUCCUGUUUUAGACUGUGUGGAUUCAGGGACCGCAUCCCACUGUGGAACAGAAGCGCUGCUGCCCUAUCGCUGGUAGCUCCGGGCGCAAUUUACUGGCACUACAGGGCAGACAAAGGUCCAGCCGACCAGCAGGGUACCCAGAUACUUAAAAAAAAAUGGUGAACAUGGCGGGGAAAAAAUUGGUUGAGCAAAAAAAAAGGGGGGGGGGGACCAAAGCUGUUGAGCAAAAAAAAAAAAGGCAAAAAAGGAAGAGUCACUGCGCCUUUAAAUCCCCGUGCUCACCGCUCCCCCUGCCCCCAUCAGAUACAGCAGAGGGGAUGGGGAUUGACAAUCUGGGGGGAGCAGCCCUCCACAACCCUGCUCAGAUGGGGGCUGGGCAAGUCUGUGGCACCAUAUUGGUAGCAUGGCCUCAUUCUAGAAGAGUAUUUAUAAACAGGCUGGGGGGGAAGGCUGAGUACAAUGAGCUGGCGGCGCAAGCUUUGUCCUGGUUUUGGUGGGGGGCCAGGGGGCCGUUUCUGCAGAAGUCUGCUGACACCGGGGCUGGAUUCAGACAUGCAGAGGCCCUCAGCUAUGCCCCGUUUAAGCGGCCCCCCAGCAUUACCACAAAAAGGUGCACUAUUCUACCAGAACGCACAAUGGAAAUAGAAAUCAUAAAGUUUUAUGUUUCCAUAUUUACCCGUAAAUAGGCAGAGAUGCAAUUAAAACCUAGUCAUUUUUUUUUUUUAAUUUAGAGGCCCCUUAUAAUCGGAGGCCCUAAACUGAGAUUUAUUUAGCUCGUGUAUAAAUCCGGCCCCGCCUCUGUGGGCCCCUAGGCCAGGUGUGGAGGGGGACAGCUCCAUGUCCCUGGAAAGGGCGGGGCCUGCAGAAGAAAGGGCGGGGCUAGGGCAGGUAGCCCUUAGCCCCACCCCUUCCCAGCCUCACAGCCUCCCAGUGCAAACUCCCACCACCUCAGGCUGCCCUACAAGCCAUCCAGAGCACUCCGUGUGGCACUCCGGCCACGAUUUAAAGGGCCCAGGGUUCCAGGUGCCAGUGGCAGGCCUGCCUCAGGGCAGUCACUAGCUAGCAGCAGACUCAGCAGAGGGAAAAGAUUGACGGGCCACGGAGCCUAAACCCCCCGACCACGGGACAGAUCAAGACCCACCCCACAUCUGCCAUAGGCCAGGAUUGCUUCCAGCUGCAUUCAUUGCAGCCCUACUCAAAAGCAUCCCUGCACAAACUUGGGGUGCCGUACUACCAGUGUCCACAAGGGAGCAGCACCAGACCGAAGAGUAACCCUCCCUCGCCUGCUCUUCACUUGGACGGGGUUUCAGAGGUAGCCAGGUUCAACAGCCAGGAGCCCGGUGGCACCUGACAAAUGAACCGUUUUAUUAAUGGCCCCAGCUUGCGUGAGCCGCACCCCACCACGUACAUCUGAAGGGAGCUGCGACUCACGAAAGCGAAUGUUUUGGACCCGGUU